AUGUCGAGCCACGUCCCCUCCCUCAGGCGAGCGCAGACAGACUUCUCCGCAGAGUCGUCCAGCCCGCUGCGCCAUGGGUCGACAGCAUCCACCAACUCCUCUAUCUACUCCCUCGCGUCCAGUUCGUUUGCGCCGAGUCGUACCAGCACCGUCUCCUCAACUGCAUCGUUCCAGAGCAACAUCGGUCACUAUCGGGGAAAGAGUGAAGCCAGCAUCAUGGGUCCCCCGCCCGAUCCCAUCCCGGAACGAGGAGGUCGGUCGAACGCGGGCGCAGCGUACGAGAAUAUUAGACGGUCCCUGAGACCACUGCAGCAAGCACCCAAUGGCGCGCGCGAGAAACCGAGCUCGUUGCACUCUCGAAGCCACACCAUCGACGAAUCGCAACCCUGGAAGGAAAAUCGACCCACCACCCCCGAGUCGCGUCAGGUUCACUUCCAGGAAAAUCAGUCGCCUCGCCACAGAGUAAGCGCCUACGAGCCUCAAACGCCUCCACGCACGGCUUCGCCUCAUCACUGGUCUCCCAACCCGGGGUCUCCACGCCCACACUCGCCUCAAAAGACGCAACAAUCUAACAGUCCCCAUCCGCCGCCACUCACCACCGCGCUCUCGGCGCCGGAACUAGAGACCUUCCAGAAGUCGUCGACACGCCAUCUCAGGACUCUAUCCAAGAUUGCACAGUCCGGCGAAAGUGAAGAAUUUACGUUGCAAACGACCACUCCUUCCGUGGUCGGCCUGCAAGGACGACGCCGUCUGAAGCGCGCCGAUUCAACCGCCGCGAGCAGUGGCUCCAUCUCCCCUCGCAAACCCAAUGCCUCAUCGUGGGCCGCCGGUAACUGGAUGGACCAGCAACGACAGUUCUUGCAAGCCUACGAAUAUCUGUGCCAUAUUGGAGAGGCCAAGGAGUGGAUUGAAGGAGUGAUCCAGAAGCAAAUUCCGCCUAUUGUUCAACUGGAAGAAGCGCUACGAGAUGGCGUGACUCUGGCAGAGGUCGUGCAAGCCAUGUAUCCCGAUCGAACACUUCGAAUCUUCCAUAACCCCAAACUACAAUUCCGCCAUUCGGACAACAUCGCCUUGUUCUUCCGCUUCCUUGACGAGGUUGAGCUACCCGAACUUUUCCGAUUCGAGUUGAUCGACUUGUACGAGAAGAAGAACUUGCCGAAAGUCAUUCAUUGUAUCCACGCACUCUCCUGGCUGUUAUUUAAGAAUGGCAUGUUGGAUUUUCGCAUGGGCAACCUCGUCGGUCUUGACAAAGCUGGUGUCAGCAUGCCUAGUUUUGCCGGCAUGGCGGCCAACUUCGGUGCAGAGCCUGAGCCGGUUGAGACAGAGGAUGAACGGAUCGACCGAGAAUUGCACGAGAAUGAAGCAUCAGUAUGUGAUUUACAAUCCCAGAUUAGAGGAGCAAUGCUCCGGUUGCGACUCGGAAACACCAUGAACGAUCUCUGGGACUUCGAACCUCUGUUGAUUGACUUGCAAAGUCGGUUGCGCGGGGACUGGGCCCGUCAGAUCUCCCAGUACCGACUCAGCAUGCGCCAAUUCGCGGUCAAUCUACAGGCGACCAGCAGGGGAUUUCUUGUGCGACACCGUCAGCGAGGCGACAAGAAGUGGCGCAAGGCCCAAGAGGGAGACAUCCUCAUGUUACAGAGCCUGAUCCGUGGCUGCAAAGCUCGGGCGCAUACCAACAUGCUCAUUAGUCGCGUGCAGCGCGAGGAGCAUGGCAUCAAGCGGUUCCAGGCUGCCCUAAGAGGUGCUUUGCAACGGAAGCAGAUGACCGAGCAAUUCGAGGAGGUGGAGGAAGCCAAUAACCCGGUCAAACUGCUUCAGGCCGUGUUGCGAGGGACGAUGGCCCGUCAACGCCUGUCUCGGAUGAAAGCUUCACUUCAGGAUGAAUCUCGCCGAAUCACGGCCCUUCAAUCGAGUGCAAGGGCACUGGCAGCGCGUAACCGCCAUUCAAAACUGGUGGACUCCAUUGCCAAAACACAGAAUGAGCUGAUUGGUUUGCAAGCUAAGGCUCGAGGUGCAGCUGUGAGACGAGAGACCUCAGCUCUCCGUACUCAGUUGUCCCAACAUCGAUCAGCAGUAACUGAGCUCCAAGGCAUCCUCCGGAGCACUGCGUUGAGGCGAUUCCUGGAUUCGCAGCGCCGCUCAUUGCUUAAAGAGGAAGCUUCUGUUUUAGAUUUGCAAUCCAAGGCUCGGGGGGUGAUACAGCGGAGGCGUUUGAAGGCGCAAAGAGAGGCCUUAAAGAAGCAGGAGCACCUGGUUGUCGAUCUCCAGUCGCUUGCUAGAGCAGCAAUCCUACGCAUCGAUGUCGGCAGCAUUCUAUCUAACCUCGACGAGAACGAAGAUGAAGUCGUUCAAUUACAAGCCCUGGCCAGAGCUAUGAUCCUUCGGGUUCGGAUCGGCCAAACGCUGAACGAUCUUGAAGAUCAAGAAGACACCAUAAUUGACCUCCAAGCACGCAUCCGGGGUAACACCAUUCGCAAUCGCUUUGAGGAGAAACGCCGGUAUUACAAGGAGAACAUGGAGAAAGUUAUCAAAGCCCAGAGCGUUAUCCGAGGGCGAAUCCAGGGCCAAGCUUACAAGAGUCUUACAAGCGGGAAGAAUCCUCCUGUUGGAACGGUGAAAGGCUUUGUCCAUCUUCUCAACGAUAGCGAUUUCGACUUUGACGAGGAGAUUGAGUUUGAACGCCUGCGGAAGGUGGUUGUCCAGCAAGUGCGGCAAAACGAACUCGCAGAGCAAUACAUCAGCCAGCUUGACAUCAAGAUCGCCUUGCUCGUCAAGAACAAGAUCACUCUAGAUGAAGUCGUUAAGCACCAAAGGCACUUUGGUGGACAUAUUGGAAAUCUGCUGUCCAACACUGAGAUCUCCUCCAAGGAUCCAUAUGAUCUCAAGGCCUUGAACAAGACGUCGCGGAAGAAGCUAGACCAGUACCAGGUCUUCUUCUUUCUCCUCCAGACCCAGUCGCAAUACCUGGCUAGGCUGUUCCGGCGGCUUCGCGAGAUCAACACCUCGGACAAGGAAUACGAGCGAAUCAGGCACUUGAUGAUGGGUCUCUUCGGAUACUCCCAGAAGAGACGUGAGGAGUACUAUCUCGUCAAACUUCUGGCAAGGUCUGCCAAAGAAGACAUCGAGAGCUUUGCAUCCAUUGCGGAGUUCUUGCGCUGCACCUCAUUCUGGAACAAGCUCUUUGGCUCAUAUGUGAAGUCCCCGCGCGACCGGAAAUUUAUGCACGACGUCAUGGGACCCGUGGUCAAGGAAUCUAUUAUCGACAACCGCGACCUUGAUCUGGAGAGCGACCCAAUCCAGAUUUAUCGCUCCGCGAUCAAUAAUGAGGAGCUCCGGACUGGUCAGCGGAGUCUUCGACAGCCGGACAUUCCCAGAGAAGAAGCGAUCCGAGACCCGGAAACAAGAGCGACCUUCAUCCAACACUUGCAAGAUCUUCGUGACAUUGCCGACCAGUUCUUUGCGGCUUUGGAGGACUUGCUAUACCGCAUGCCUUUCGGAAUCAGGUACCUCGCUCAGCAGAUGUACGAAUGCUUGAUCCAACGGUUCUCGGAAGAAGAUCCUGGGUUUAUUCUCCAGACUGUCGGGUUCUGGGUGUGGAAGAACUACUUCCAGCCCGCUGUCCUGGAGCCAGAGAAGUACGGCGUGGUCGACCGGGGGUUGACCCAGGAACAGAAGAGAAACCUUGGGGAGAUCUCCAAGGUUGUCGCCCAGGUCGCAUCGGGCAGGCUCUUUGGUGCUGAAAAUGUAUACCUUCAGCCCUUGAAUCAAUAUAUCGGGGAGUCAAUCCAACGGCUCGGCCGUAUCUGGGGUCAGAUGAUUGCGGUGCAAGACGCAGAGGCGUAUUUCGACAUUGACGAAUUCAACGAUCUUUACGCCAAAGCCAAACCUACCCUGUACAUCAAGAUGUCGGACAUCUUCUCAAUUCAUCAACUUGUUGCCUCCGAGAUCAGCCACAUUUGCCCCCAACCCGAUGAUUUCCUCAAGGAUCUCGUGCGUGAUCUUGGCAAUGUGAAAUCCAAUGAGAAUGAAUUGAUGAGCGUCAGCUCAACCGAGAUCAAUCUCACAUUGAAUCCCAAGCUGGCUCAAGUCGAAGAUCCGGAAGCCGAGGUGAAGGCGUUGUUUAUGGAGACGAAGCGAUGCAUUCUUUACAUUAUCCGAGUCCAGACCGGUACCAACCUGAUGGACAUCAUGGUCAAGCCACCAAACGAGGAGGAUGAAGCAAGGUGGCAGACGCUGGUGCGAGAAGAGCUACAUACCAACAAUCCUCGCCGGGGCGCCUACUCUGAGGCCAGCGCCUUGGUCGACAUUGGAUCAAUGGAUUACGGAGAGCUCAAGCGUACUGCACUCGAGAAUAUCCUUCGCCUGGAGCAGACUGGCAAGAUCAGUCGUCACAAUCAUUAUCAGGAUCUCCUGAACGCCAUUGCAAUUGACAUUCGCACCAAGCAUCGCCGGAGAAUCCAGCGGGAACGGGAACUGGAGGGUUCUCGACUGACCUCGGCCCGCCUGAACGAUCAAGCCACCUACUUGGAACAGCAGCUCAAGACAUACAACGACUACAUUGAGCAGGCCAUGAUCACGCUGCAGAACAAGAAAGGAAAAAAGCGGUUCCUGAUGCCAUUCACCAAGCAGUGGGAUCACCAGCGAGAACUCCAGAAGUCCGGCAAGGUAUUCAAGUUCGGGUCCUACAAGUACUCUGCUCGCACUCUGGCGGACCGCGGCGUUCUGGUUUCAUGGAAGGGCUACACCGAGCGGCAAUGGGAUCGCGUGGAUUUGACCAUCUCCAGCAACGAGGUCGGCGUGUUUACCAUUGACGGCAGCAGCGGCAACAUGAUGAUCCCCGGCGCCAACGCGCAGGUGCCGCUGGAUGAUUUGCUGCAGGCCCAAUUCAACAACAUGCAGUUUAUGGACUUCUUCGACGGGCAUAUGCGGGUCAAUGUCAACCUGUUCUUGCAUCUGAUUAUGAAGAAGUUCUAUAAUGAAUGA